CGGAUAAAAGGGCAACGGCACCUUCAAGCCACACUCUCCCCUGCCAUGGCUGCACCCUGGGCCCUGGGGGUGCUCCUGGUCGUCUUGGGGAGUCCACUCACCCACGCGGAGCCGCUGUACAUCCUGGUGACCCCCCGAGUCCUGAGGAUUGGCACCCCCGAGAACAUCCAUGUGCAGGCCCACUCGGACUCCAGCAAGCCCCUCAAGGGGACCCUGGAAGUGGCCCUCACCGUGUGGGACUUCCCCACGAGAAAGACGGUGGUGGCCAAGAGUCAAGUCACCCUCUCGCCAGAAAACAACUUCAUGGACCAGGCCUCUGUGACGGUCCCCGAGAGCCUGAUAAACACCCCACAGCCGGGGAAGCGGUAUCUCGUCAUCCGGGCAACCUGGGCGCCCAACUCGUUCAUGGAGAAGAUGGUGCUAGUGGCUCCCCAUGCCGGCUACAUCUUCAUCCAGACGGACAAGACCAUCUACACCCCCGACCACCUGGUGCAGUACCGAGUGUUCACCGUGAAUCACAAGAUGGACCCGGUGGCCAGGACGUUCACGCUGGACAUCAAGAAUCCAGACGGAGUCACUGUGACCAGCCACAAUCUGCUAGCCAGCGAUGGCUUUCUGGCCAAAUCCUUCCGCCUCCCGGAGCUUGUCAGUUUCGGGACUUGGACCAUAGAGGCCAAUUACCAAAGUACGGUCAAGCAGAAGUUCAAGGCCAACUUUGAGGUGAAGGAGUACGUCCUCCCGUCUUUCGAAGUCCAGCUGACCCCAAACAAGACCUUCUUCUAUCUCCAUGACGAGGCUGUGGGCAUUGACAUCCGGGCCUGGUACAUAUUCAACAAGCCGGUGGAUGGACACGCCCUGGCCAUGUUUGGGCUGAAGCAAGAUUCCAGUCGGAUCCCCAUCCAGAGCUCCCUGCAGAGGGUGGAGAUCUCUAAAGGCCUGGGCCACGUCUCCCUCCAGAAGAACACACUGAUGACUGCGUUCCAGGAGAACAAUGAAGAGGACUUCAUUGGGGCCUCAAUCUUUGUUAAUGUCACCGUGUUCUCCUCAGGGGGUGAGAUGGUCCAGACUGAGACCUCGGGAGUGAAGAUUGUCCAGAGCCCAUACGACAUCAAGUUCAUCAGGACACCCCAAUAUUUCAAGCCGGGCAUGCCAUUCCUCUUCAGGGUCUUCGUCUCAAAUCCUGAUGGGUCCCCAGCCUCCAGAGUCCUCGUGAGCAGUCAGAAGAACAAAGUAUACACAGAGGAUGGGGUGGCCACUCUGACCAUCAACACGGAUGCAGACAUGGACAAGCUCCCCAUCGAGGUAACAACGGAAGAAUCUCUCCGCCCAGAGGAACAGGCUGUAGCCAAGAUGACUGCUUGGCCUUACUCAACUCAGGAUGGGUCAGGGAACUUCUUGCACAUUGACGUGAAGGCAUUCGGCACGGUGGUUGGCAGCAGCAUUCAAAUAAGCCUCAACACAAGGCAUCGAGACCCUGCUGUCAAGAACAAGAUUACGCACUUUACCAUCCUGGUCUUGAGUAAGGGCCGAAUAGUCAGUGCCAAACAACAGUUAAAAAGCCAGGGGAGUGUCUACACAUCAGCCGCUAUUGAUGUGACUUCAGAGAUGCUGCCCUCCUUUCGCAUUCUGGCCUUUUAUUUACUGCCCAAUGGAAACAGCGAGGACCCUGAACUGGUGGCUGAUUCCAUAUGGGUAGAUGUGAAAGACAGAUGCAUGGAAAAGCUGAAGGUCAGCUUAACGAAUGAUGAAUUCUUGCAUUCUUUGGAGCCCAACAACCAAGUGGAACUGAAGGUGGUGGGUCAAUCAGAGGCCACAGUGGGACUGGUGGCUGUGGACAAAGCUGUCUAUGUCUUAAACAGCAAACACAAGUUCACACAGAAGAAGGUCUGGGAUGUGCUGGAGGAACAUGACAUUGGUUGCACAGCAGGCAGUGGGAAAGACAGACUCGCUGUGUUCAAGGAUGCUGGAUUGGACCUGAAAAUCAGUACAGGGAUGGACACUCUGGCAAGCUCAGACUGGCUUUGUCCCCAGAGUCCCCCUCCCAGCCGCCGCCGCCGCCGCUCCCUGAAGCGAAUGGAGACGAAGAGAAAUGCAGUGAACAAGUUCAAGACCCCGCAGGAGCGGAAGUGCUGUGAGGCUGGGCUCCAGGAGAGCCCAGUGGCGUUGCCGUGUGUGGAGAGGGCCCUGCGUGUCCGCCACGGCCCCGACUGCGUGGCUGCCUUUCUGAGCUGCUGCCAUCUUGCCGAGACCCUGACAAAGGAAGCCCUGGAGGAAGAGCUGAUCCUGGGGACGACUGAUGAAGACGACGAGUUCGAAGACCUCUUCUUGGAUGACACACCUGUGAGGACGCUGUUUCCUGAGAGCUGGCUGUGGAGAAAGUUCACUCUGCCGAAAAGUGAAUCGGGCGUCUCCCACUAUACCAUCACCACGAACGUGCCAGAUUCCAUCACCACAUGGCAACUUGUAGCAGUCAGUCUCAAGGCCGGACAAGGUCUUUGCGUCUCGGACCCCUUUGAGCUGACAGUCAGGAAACCAUUCUUCGUGGACCUCAAGCUGCCCUCGUCUGUGGUCAGGAAUGAGCAGGUUCAGCUCCAAGCUGUGCUGUACAAUUUCCUGAACCGUCAAGUCAAGGUCCGCGUGGAGUUCCCCCACCAGGAGCCACUGUGCAGCGCGUCCAAGCCGGAAGCCCCCACCCGCAAGGUGGUGGUCGUGCCUCCCACAUCCUCCAAGAUGGUACCUUUCGUCAUGCUGCCUCUUGAGAUAGGCAGAGUGGACGUGGAAGUCAAGGUUGUGGGCUUCGGGGUCCAGGACCACGUGAAGAAGACGCUCUUGGUCCGGGCGGGCGGUCAGACAGAACACAUAUUUGACAGCAUCGUCCUGAACCCCCAAGGAACGACCUAUACGCAUAGAGUGCCGAAAAGGGAAAUUUUCAACCUGGUGCCAGGCACGCAGGCAGAAGUGUUCAUCAGCGUUCAAGGUGACAUCCUUGGGGAGACCAUCCUGGGCAGCCUGACACCCAGAGAAAUGUGGCGACUGGUGAGGCUCCCAACCGGCUGCCCCGAGCAGACGCUGAGCAUGCUGGCGCAGGUCGUCAUCCUGACUCGCUACCUGGAUUCCACGGGCCAGUGGGACAAGAUCGGGGUGGAGCGCCGGGACGAAGUGACCAACAACAUUGUCGCCGGUUUCACUCAGAUGCUGAAAUACCGAAGGCGAGACGGCGCCUACCACACCUCCACGAACAUAGGCAGCACCUGGCUCACAAGCUACGUGUUCCGGGUCUCAGCGCUGGCUUACUCCACGGUGAUGGCUGACACAAUGAAGAAGUCCGAUCUCUGCACCAUGGCCGACUGGCUCAUCACCAACAGGCAGAUGGUGGAUGGGAGCUUCCUGGAGCUGGGCCCCGUGGUCAUGUCAUCCAUGCAGGGUGGCUACCAAGGCUCCGAGGGGAACAUCUCCCUCACAGCUCUGGUCCUGAUCGCCCUGCAUGAAGGGAAGGAGAUCUGCUCCCCGAAGAUACCGAAUUUUCUGACCAGCAUUGAGCGAGCCCGCGGCUUCCUGGAGAGACAGCUCCCCAAUAUUAAUACCACUUUUGCCAUCACUAUCAUCUCCUAUGCACUGGCCCUGGCAGACAGUCCCCACGCCAAUGACCGCCUGGACAGCUUUGCCAGCUAUGACAAAACGUUCUGGCCAGAGCCCACGCUGGGCGCCCUGUACAUCAUCGAGGCCACAGCCUACGCGCUGCUGCAGAAGCUGCAGCUGGGUCAUUACAACGAAACGCACGCCAUCGCCAAGUGGAUCCUGCAGAAACGCGAGCUGGGAGGAGGCUUCCAGUCCACGCAGACCACCGUGGUGGCCCUCGAAGCCCUGGCUCGCUACCGCGAAGCUGUCCCUUUCGAGGGUGACCAGGAUCUCCACGUCCAGCUUCAAGUCCCCAAGAGAGCCUUAAACGUGGGGUGGCACAUCGAUCAUAGCAACGCUUACCAGCAGCGCUCAGCAAAGUUCCUGGCCCAGGAUGAGAUACUCAUUGAAGCCAGUGGCACUGGGAAAGGCACCAUCUCGAUCUUGACCAUGUACCACAGGUCCCCCGAGGCCUGGGAGAACGUCUGCAACCUGUUCCACCUGAACGUGACUCUCAGCAGUGACUUGGAAGAGAGUAAAAAGGGAAAGGAGACCUACCGGCUCCGGAUGGAAACAAGCCCGCAGGUGCAGCACCUUCUACAACCUGCCCACAGAGGAAUCUUUACUGCGGAAGAUCUGCCACAAAGAUGUCUGCAGAUGCGCCGAGGAACAGUGUCCGGCCCAGAAAAAGGACAGUGACCGGCUGAAGCAGGAGGACCUCCAUGCACUGGCCUGUGAGGUGGGCGUGGACUUUGUGUACAAGGUCCGGCUGGAAUCAGAAGAGGCCGCUGCCUCCAACCCAUACAUCUAUUACACCAUGCAGCUCCAAGCCAUCAUCAAGAGCGGCACUGACCCUGCUGUGCCCCUCAGCAUGAAGAAAUUCGUCACCCACGCCCGCUGCCAUGACUCCCUGGGGUUGCAGGAACAAGAGUCCUAUCUCGUCAUGGGCCAGAUGUCAGACCUGUGGAAGAUCAAAUCCGAUUACGCGUAUGUUCUGGGCAAGGAGACGUUCAUCAUGCCUUGGCCAGCAGACGGGGACGUGACCAAGAAGGACCUUCUGGGCCAGCUGGAUGGCUUUUCGGAGUACAUGACCACCCAUGGCUGUGAGACCUGACACCGUGAGGCCUCUCCCGCCCUCGCGGAGCUCUCUCCAAGCAAGUCUGGGCCACGGGGCUUUAUCCCUAAUAAAGAGCUCACAAUGUCGUA